AUGUUCACGUCGCUGACAGGAAAGUCCGGAAGUUUGGUGUGCGUGCAAAUCCGAGGAUACGCAGGCCGUGUGCAGAUUCAAUCAGCACUUCCAAGAAGACCUCUGAAGAAAAUCAAAAUAGGUAAGGCCAGACCUGCCAUCUAUUACAAAUUUAAUACCCAGGUAGAACUUUCCGAUGGCUCGGUUGUUACAAGAAGAUCGCAAUAUCCCAAAGACGAGUUGCGAAUGAUCACCGAUCAGAGAAACAAUCCACUGUGGAAUGCAUCCAAACCAGACGCAAGUUUGCUGGAUGCAGAGUCCAAGGGUAAGUUGAAUAAGUUCAAGAGCAAGUUUGCUGCCUUUGGCCAGUUACAGAGAUUGAAGACCGGUAGAGCUGCCAAGAAGGUUGAAAAGGAACAGGACGACUUUUUGGACAUGCUAUCUUCUAACUACGAGGAGGAGAAAUUGGGAGGUAAUCUUGCACAGAAGGAAAAGAAGAAGAAGAAUAAUUAG